CACAUCCUUUGUACUCUUCUAUAUAAGGUGAGCAAAUUGAGAGCCAAAAAUUUACUUUCCUUUUGAUUGAUCUGCAGACACCAGCCAUAAUGAGGAGCUCCUAUACAUUUCUGGCAUCUCCUCUCUCGACUGUCAUUUUUCUUCUACUAAUUCCUGAAGAUGGCUGUGUAAGAAUCAUUGGAGGACGUGAAGUGGCUCCUCAUUCAAGACCCUACAUGGCCCUACUUGAACUUGACAAAGAAAUCUGUGCUGGUGCUUUGAUUGCAGAAAAAUGGGUAUUGACUGCAGCCCACUGUGACUGGAAAAAAACGGCCCAGGUUAUUCUUGGGGCUCACUCAAUAACCCAGAAGGAGCCAGAAAAGCAGAUAAUAUCAAUUAAGAAGGCAUUUUCUCACCCAUACUAUGAUCCGGGCACACAUGAAAAUGAUCUUAAACUUCUUCAGCUGAACAAAAAAGCAAAAAUUAACAAAUAUGUGAAUAUCCUAGAACUGCCUGGAAAUGGGAAUGAUGUAACACCAGGAACUGUAUGUCAGGUUGCAGGGUGGGGGGAUACUUACAACGGGUCACCUGAGUCUGAUAUUCUAAGAGAAGUCAACGUCACCGUCAUUGAUAGAAAAAUCUGCAAUAAUGCAAAGUACUACAAUUUUGAUCCUGUGAUUGGACUCAAUAUGAUUUGUGCCGGAAGCCGCCACGGUGGGAAAGACACAUGUGAUGGAGAUUCUGGAAGCCCUUUGCUGUGUGAAGGUGUUUUCCGAGGGAUCACUUCCUUUGGGGCCCCAGGGAAAUGUGGAGACCCUAAAAAACCUGGUGUCUAUAUACUUCUCUCCAAAAAAUAUAUCCACUGGAUAAAUAAGACUAUAAAGAAGAAAAUUUAGAUAACUGUAUUUCAUUUCAUUUGUUGUCAUGUCUUAAUCUCAUCACAAAUAAAAGCAAUCUGUAUCACUGUA